UUAGUUUAUUUUAGUCCCUGGGUACUUUUACGUCAAAUAAAUAACAUAGAUGAUUAGAUCCCUGGGGGCCGGUAGUAGCGGGCCCUUUCUGUGAAGACGGGCGGAGACAAGUGACCGCACGCAGUGAGGCAAAACCAAGCGCCCCUCCUUCGCUGCCAUCCACAGCGGGGAGAGCAGGAAAGACCCCACACAGUGCAGGGCGCUCCGCACACAACCUGACUGAAAUAAAUGGGAAAUCGGGACUCGCUUUUCAGUCUCGUCUUGGGCACCUCGGACCAGCUUCUUUCCCGAUGUUUGUGCGGUGGCUUCUGCUCAUGCUCUGGGCUCUGUCCGCAGAGGCCGACUUCUUCCAGUUCGACAGCAUCUCCAAUGUUUCCACUUACUAUUUUAAUUACAUUUAUUGCAAUAUAUGGGAGGGGGAGUGUCAGCCCAACCAAGACGAUGCCACACAACAAGUUCCUACCAGGGACCUCUGGGCAGGUUUUCCCCAGGACUACAUUAGCCUGCUGCAUCAGUGGUACUGUAGCCUGGGCCAGUGCUGCGAAUCCGGAGACUGCAGGAUAACCAACAACAUCACAGGUCUGGCGAGGGACCUUCAGACAAAGCUCCACGGGCAGCACCUGGCUCAGUCCGUGGUCCUGAAAGCCAUCCAGGGUUUUAUCAACAACCCGGAGUCCAACAAGCCACUCACCCUCUCCUUCCAUGGGUGGUCUGGCACCGGAAAGAACUUUGUGGCCCGGAUCGUCGCUGAUAACCUGUAUCGUGACGGGGUGAAGAGUGAGUGUGUCCGUCUGUUCAUCGCCCCAUUCCACUUCCCACAUCCCAGACUGGUGGACACGUACAAGGGCCAGCUGCGAGAAGCGAUCCGGGACAUGGUGUUGCGUUGCCCUCAGACUCUGUUCAUCUUUGACGAGGCUGAGAAGCUUCAACCAGGCCUCAUUGAUGCCAUCAAGCCUUACAUGGAUCACUAUGACAAUGUCGAUGGGGUUAGCUACCGCAGAGCAAUCUUCCUCUUCCUCAGUAAUAUUGGUGGGACAACAAUCAACGAUGUGGCGCUGGACUUCUGGCACUCUGGUCAAAAUCGAGAGGACAUCGGUAUGGAAGACCUGGAGCAUCGACUACGUACUGAAACCAUGGAGUCUCAAGGUGGGUUUGCACAGAGUGACCUGAUGUCCGGCCACCUGAUCGACUUCUUCGUGCCCUUCCUGCCUCUGGAGUACCGCCACGUCAAGCUCUGUGCACGAGACGCCUACGCAGCCCGAGGUCUGGAGACUGACGAAGCCACGCUGGAUGAGGUGGCAAAGGCGAUGCUGUAUGUCCCCAAGGAGGAGAGAUUGUUUUCAGCUCAGGGAUGCAAGUCCAUACCCCAGAGGAUCAACUUCUUUCUUCCUUAGAAGGAGAGACGGACAGAGAGAGAGAGAUACCUGGAGGAGGUGUGAGAUUGCUCUACCAGCCCAUCUGCAUACAGAGCCACAGAGGAGGCGUAUCCUCUCUGCUCUGCUCUACGUACUCUCCUCCCCCUCCCCCACAGAUACAACAUGUGUAUCUUGCCCUCAGAGAAAGGCCAGACAGCAGGGCAGAUCCAGCAUUGAGAGGGGAAAGCAGCGUGGCUCACCAUGCAGACAUCUGUAGUGUCCCGGGAAACGUGUUCAUGCCAGACAGUCAUCGUGUGCAGUGUGGCUGCUCCUCUGCACCUGCCUGGUUUGAAUCCUCACAGUGUCAAGAUGAAGAGCUGAAGAAGACAGUAUUAGCAGUUGUUCAGUGUAUGUCACAGAGGAGUGGAGACAUUUUAUCAUGUCACAUUAUUUACAGUACGAAGUCUGAGUUGUUUUUAAGGUUUAGAUAAGGUCAUACGUCAUGUGUUACUAUUUGCAUGUCAGACAUUGUGCUUACAUUAGCACUGAUUAUUUAUUGACAUCAUUUGUGGCUUCUUUGAACAUGUUACUGUACCUGAUCAAUUUUGUGGAGUUCUUUAAAUGCACACUUAGUGGCUCUGUUAGCCAUUAACUUGGCAGGUAAUGAACAUUAAAUGGCAUUGUGGUGUGAGCAUUAUGGAGUGGGUAACAGCUAACAACGGUGAUGGAAAUGUUACUUGAAAUUGUUAAUGGAAAAGGUCGGUCAGAACCAACAAAUUGAUUUGAAAGGCAGCUUUUUUUUGUGUAAAUGUGUUUAAAAAUAAUGCUUGAAAUAACUUAUUUUUGAUCUCAGUAAUUUUAAGGGGUUUUAUAUGAACCUGAUUAAUGUUUUAUUAUUGUCAUCAGCAUUGCUUAAUGCAUAGUUUAUUCACUGACUUGCUUUAUCUCUCACAUACACUCACACAGAUCUGAAUAGGUGAGCUUUAGAGGUUUUGCUCUCUAAAGCUCAAAAGGUCACAUCACAAGAAGAAUAUGGAAAGAAAUUAUCUCGGACAUUGUUUGAAGAAAAUAAACACCCACAGUAAACCCACAACAGCUGUUUUUAUUUAAUGCAGUAAUUUGAGGAGAUUUAUUUGUCAAAAAAUGAAUGCAAUCUCAAUUAUGUAUUUAUUGUUCUGCAUGGUGCCUGCGAGCUUUCUUUUUCUUAAUUAAUGGAAGCGCCUCGUGCCAGGGUUGGAAGAGAUCUCCUGCAUAAAUUAAAUCAAGAGCUUAACAACAAUCGGUUACAUUUUUGAUAAGCGGUUACGUGUUUGAGUUAUUGAGUUAUAAGCCUCAAAGUCCCUCUCCACUCAAAAAUAUGUUGUGCUUUUUCUUACUUCACUUGGAAGUUUGAGUUUCAGAAUGAUGUAGAAUGAUGAAUAUGCAGAGUUUGACACUAGUAGACUGUUUUCACAUGCAUCUGCUGAAGAGGGAAAGUGUCUCUGUGCUCACCUUAAAGCUGAAUGUGUGGGUAUAAGCAUGAUUUUAGGACAUCGCAACUAGUUUGGAGGCAGAUUUGGGUCCAAAAGGAAACUUCUAGAAAUGUGAUGUUGAGAAUUGAAACUUCUACCCAGGGCAGGAUGAACCUCCUAGGGGGGCCUUGGGCUAAAAAUUGGUGUUGGACCCCAUUACUACCCCAGAAAUUCUACAGCUGAAAUGAUUAGUUGAUUAAUCAACUAGAUGUUUGACAGAAAAUA